AUGACCAAAUCAAAACGGCCCAAGUACGAGACGGUGCAGUACACGCCUCCUACGCCGCAAGUGUUUGGCAACCAGCUGCCCUCGGACAUACCGGCGAAGUCUGCAGCAACAUCAACUUCUUUUAAUGUCGACAGGCCCAGGAAUCGUCCGAAGCUUCAGGACAGGUUGGCAGUGUACGAGGACGACAAUCCGCGAUGCCAACAGCUCAUAUGCACAGUCGGAAUUCUAUUUCCUCCGUUGUGGCUCGUCGGGGCGGCCAUGUAUGCAGCAACACCCCCAGCUAAAACAGCGACGAGAGAGGCUGGAACCGGCAACUCAACGCGGCUUGCCGUUUAG